AGGGAGAGAAGGGAGACCCUGCUGUCCUUGAACCUGGCAUGUUGAUUGAAGGACCACCUGGACCAGAAGGACCAGCAGGUCUCCCUGGCCCCGCUGGCCCCCAAGGACCCCCUGGUUCUGUAGGUGAUCCUGGUGAGAGGGGUACUACUGGUAAGGCUGGUCUUCCUGGAGCGGACGGUGUCCCAGGACCUCCUGGAACUUCUGUCAUGCUUCCUUUCCGUUUUGGACAGAGUGCUGGCGAAAAAGGGCCCAUUGCCUCAGCACAGGAGGCCCAAGCUCAAGCCAUCCUGUCUCAGGCUCGGUUGGCUCUGAAAGGCCCACCAGGGCCAAUGGGUUUCACCGGCCGUCCAGGACCUUUGGGAACAACUGGAAGUCCUGGCUUAAAGGGAGAAAGUGGGGACCAUGGACCUCAGGGCCCCAGAGGUCCUCAUGGAUUGUCUGGUCCUCCUGGUAAAUCUGGUCGGAGGGGUCGUGCUGGUGCAGAUGGAUCCAGAGGGAUGCCAGGAGAGCCCGGAGUUAAGGGUGACCGUGGCUUUGAUGGCCUUCCUGGUUUGCCUGGUGACAAGGGUUAUCGUGGUCAAACUGGAGGAAUGGGACCCCCAGGACCCCCUGGAGAGGACGGAGAAAGGGGAGAUGAUGGAGAUGUUGGACCUAGAGGUCUUCCCGGUGAAGCGGGGCCCCGUGGGUUGCUGGGGCCUAAAGGGCCUUCUGGACUUCCUGGACCUCCUGGUGUUCGUGGAAAUGAUGGUCCACAUGGUCCAAAAGGAAACUUGGGGCCUCAAGGAGAGCCUGGACCUCCAGGGCAGCAGGGGGCUCCAGGAACACAGGGAAUGUCAGGUCCACAGGGUCCUCUCGGACCACCAGGAGAGAAGGGACCCACAGGAAAGCCAGGUCUGCCAGGAAUGCCCGGAGCUGACGGUCCUCCUGGUCAUCCCGGAAAGGAAGGCCCCAUUGGAACCAAAGGAAAUCAGGGUCCUAAUGGUCCUCAGGGGUCUAUUGGCUAUCCUGGCCCUCGGGGAGUGAAGGGAGCUCAAGGUAUCCGUGGAUUGAAGGGCCAUAAAGGAGAGAAGGGAGAGGACGGAUUCACUGGAAUCAAAGGAGACUUUGGUGUGAAGGGAGAGAGGGGAGAGGUGGGAGUGCCUGGCUCAAGAGGAGAGGACGGUCCUGAGGGCCCGAAGGGUCGUGUCGGUCCCCCUGGUGAAAUUGGUCCUAUUGGCCUGCUUGGAGAGAAGGGCAAACUUGGUGUGCCUGGACUUCCUGGAUAUCCCGGAAGGCAAGGAAUUAAGGGCUCCCUCGGUUUCCCAGGAUUCCCUGGUGCAAAUGGCGAGAAAGGUGCAAGGGGUUUGAUUGGAAAACUUGGACCAAGAGGACAGAGAGGGCCAACAGGUCCCAGAGGGCAGAGAGGACCCCGUGGGUCAACAGGAAAAUCAGGUGCUAAGGGCGGAUCGGGCAGUGACGGGCCUCCUGGACCACCUGGGGAGAGAGGACUAACUGGACCUCAAGGUCCAAAUGGAUUCCCUGGGCCGAAGGGACCUCCUGGACCUCCAGGGAAAGAUGGACUGCCUGGACACCCUGGACAAAGAGGCGAAGUUGGUUUCCAAGGCAAAACUGGACCACCUGGGCCACCGGGAGUUGUUGGACCACAGGGUCCCUCUGGUGAGACUGGUCAGCUGGGUGAGCGUGGUCACCCAGGACCCCCAGGACCACCCGGUGAGCAAGGUCUUCCUGGGCCUUCUGGUAAAGAGGGAACCAAAGGAGAUCCCGGUCCCUCCGGCGGCCCCGGAAAAGACGGACCCCCUGGACUGAGAGGAUUCCCAGGAGAGAGAGGACUGCCAGGAACUCCAGGCACUGGAGGACUGAAAGGAAAUGAAGGCCCUGCUGGACCACCUGGACCUGCUGGAUCUCCUGGGGAGAGAGGAGCAGCUGGCACUGCAGGUACUGUCGGCCCGCCUGGACGACCUGGACCUCAGGGGCCUCCUGGAGCUGCGGGAGAAAAAGGAGUGCCAGGGGAGAAAGGUCCAAUUGGUCCAGCUGGUCGUGAUGGCAUCCAAGGUCCAGUUGGCCUCCCAGGCCCUGCUGGACCUCCAGGUACUGCUGGAGAGGAUGGAGACAAGGGUGAGGUUGGAGAGCCAGGACAAAAGGGCGGUAAAGGAUCCAAGGGAGAACAUGGUCCUCCUGGUCCACCCGGGCCAAUGGGUCCUGUUGGACAGCCUGGUGCAGCUGGUGCUGAUGGUGAGACAGGUGCAAGAGGUCAACAGGGACCAUUCGGCGCUAAGGGAGAUGAAGGGACAAGAGGAUUCCCUGGGCCUCCAGGCCCUAUUGGACUGCAGGGUUUACCAGGCCCAGCUGGAGAAAAAGGAGAGACAGGAGAUGUUGGGCCAAUGGGUCCUCCUGGUCCGCCAGGUCCACGUGGUCCAGCUGGUCCUAAUGGUGCUGAUGGUCCUCAAGGUCCUCCAGGAGGUUUGGGUAAUCCAGGUCCCAUAGGAGAGAAGGGUGAGCCUGGUGAAUCUGGACCACCUGGUGUUGGUGGAGAGCCAGGAAAAACAGGCCCGAGAGGAGAGCGUGGUGAGAAGGGAGAGGCUGGGCAGCCGGGCACCUCUGGUCCUGCUGGUGGAAAAGGACCCCCCGGAGAUGAUGGACCCAAAGGAAACCCCGGUCCCGUUGGUUUCCCUGGUGAUCCUGGUCCCCCUGGUGAAGUUGGACCACGAGGCCACGAUGGUGCAAAGGGUGAAAGAGGAGAGGAUGGAGAACAAGGAGAAGCUGGUUCACCGGGACCAACUGGUGAGAACGGACCACCUGGACCUCCAGGAAAGAGAGGUCCUCCAGGCACAAGGGGACCAGAGGGUCGUCAGGGAGAGAAAGGAAGCAAGGGGGAUUCAGGUGCCCUGGGCCCUCCAGGAAAGACUGGCCCCGUGGGGGCACAGGGUCCACCAGGAAAACCAGGAACUGAGGGUCUAAGAGGGUUGCCUGGAACAGUGGGUGAGCAAGGCGCUCCAGGUGCUGCUGGCCAGAAGGGACCCCCUGGACCAAUGGGUCCUCCAGGUUUGCCAGGUCUUCGUGGUGACCCCGGCGCUAAGGGUGAGAAGGGACAUCCAGGUAUGCUCGGUCUGAUCGGGCCUCCAGGAGAACAAGGAGAGAAGGGAGACCGAGGCCUGCCGGGACCUCAGGGAUCAUCAGGACACAAGGGAGAAACGGGUAUGCCUGGAGGAACGGGUCCUCUUGGUCCUGCAGGUCCUGCUGGUAUGCCUGGUCCGAGGGGUAUCAAAGGAGCUAAAGGUGCCACUGGUGGAGCUGGUCCUAAAGGAGAAAAAGGUGUACAAGGACCACCAGGACCACCUGGACCACCUGGUGAUGUCAUUCAGCCGCUGCCUAUUCAGUUCCCUAAGAAGUCCAAGCGCUCCAUCGACGCCAGUAAGAUGCUCUCUGAGACUGAGGCUGCCGAUGCCACGGGCACAGAGUUCCUGACCGCCAAUGAAGGUAUGGAGGAGAUCUUCAGCUCGCUCAAUUCCCUGCGCCAGGAGAUCGAGAGCAUGCGCUUCCCGCUGGGAACACAGGAAAGCCCCGCCCGCACCUGCCAGGACCUCCACCUCAGCCAACCAGAUCUGAAAGAUGGCGAGUACUGGAUUGAUCCAAAUCAAGGCUGCGCCCGGGACUCGUUCAAGGUUUACUGUAACUUCACUGCCGGGGGAGAGACGUGCUUGUAUCCCAGCAAAGCAGUAGAGAAUGUGAAGAUGAACACUUGGCCAAAGGAGAAGCCUGGGUCCUGGUUUAGUCAGUUUGCAAAGGGCAGCAAGUUUUCAUAUGUUGACUUGAGUGGAGAGCCCGUGGGUGUUGUCCAGCUGGGAUUCUUGCGGUUGCUCAGCGUUCAGGCCCGUCAAAACCUGACCUACCACUGCCAGCGAUCAGUGGCCUGGGCGGACCUCACGAGCGACAGCGGGUACCAGAGGGCGCUACUCUUCCAGGGUACCAACGAUGAAGAGCUCAGUUACGAGACCAGUCCCUACAUCAAAGCCCUCACCGACGGCUGCUCUUAUCGUAAAGGCUUGGACAGGACAGUGCUGGAGGUGAACACACCUCAGGUGGAGCAGCUCCCUCUGCUGGACAUCAGGAUCUCAGACUUUGGGGAGGACAAUCAGAAAUUUGGCUUUGAAGUGGGACCUGUCUGUUUCCUGGGAUAAACACACACAUGCUGAGGGCAAGGAGAAUACAAUCACCAAUACAACACA